AUGGAGCAGCAGCAGCAGCAGCAGCAGCCUCCGACCACCGCUGCCACCACCGGCACGCCUCCCCCGCCGCCGCCCUCGGCUGAGAACCUCCCCCCGCCGCAUCCUCAGCUCUCCACUUCCUCCUCCUCCUCCUCCUCUUCGCUCCCGCCUCCGGCUCCCGCAGCGACUUUCUCUACUUCCACCGAAUCCAUUCCCGCGCCCCAAAACCCUAACCCAACGCCCAAACCCCCGAAUCCACCGGCUCCGCCACUCCAGCAGUCCGCGCCGUCGCCGCCGCCGCCGUCUUCGCAGCCGCAAGCCUCUCAGCCUCUCCCGAGCCCUUCGCAGCCCAAGCCUCCCGUUUUAACGAGGCCGUGGCAGCAGCCUCCGUCCGGCCUGACGCAUUUCUCGUCCCAUCUCUCCUCGUCCACGUCUGCUUCUUCAUCUUCUUCACCGACACCGCCGGCAGCUGCGGCGCCUCCUCAGCGAGGAGGUAUUGCCAUUGGCGUGCCGGCGCACCACGCGAGCCCUCCGCCGCAGGCGGCUCCGUUCUCGUCUCCGUUAGGGCAGCACUUUGGUGGCUUGGGUCGAGGUUUGGUGAAUGUGCCCGAUUCAAUCUCUAACGCUAGCGCUUCUCAGGUGCGCCCGUCGGCGCAUGGGGUCGCUGCAAUGGGAUCAAUCGGUUCCGGCUCCCAGAUUAGGCCGGGUGGUAUUCACCAACAGAGACCACUACAGUCAUCUGUCAGACCUCCAGCUUCCCCAACUAAUCAGCCCCCAUCAUCUUCUCAAAAUGUACAGGGACAUGGCCUAUUGAGAGGCUCUUCAAUUGGCUCUCCAAUUUCUCAUUCAUCAAGUACAUCACAAAGCAUGCACUCGCCCAAUCAACCAUGGUUGUCAUCUCCUUCUCAAGGAAAACCUCCUUUACCAUCCCCUUCUUAUAGACCACAGAUGAACCCCCAGUCCUUGCAGCAACGAACAAAUAUACCUCAGCAACACCAUCCACCCUUAUUGACAACUUCCCAGCAACAGUACACAUCACCUGGCCCAUCACAACCUGCUCAAUCAAAUCAGUCACAGGAGCAACAUGGCCAGCAAUUUCCACCAUCAAGGGCUCCUCAAUCUUUACCACAUCAACAGAUUUCAAGAAUUCAAGGUUCAGGUGCACAAAAACCUUCCUCUCUUGCAACAGUGCAAGCACAACCUAUCACUUCCCCCAUGAUUGGGAAAACAGCUGGUUUGGGAAGUGAUGAAUCUUGCAACAGGAUUCUUAGUAAAAGAAGUAUCCAUGAACUAGUAAACCAGAUUGAUCCAUCAGAGAAGUUGGAUGCUGAAGUGGAGGAUAUUCUUGUGGAUGUUGCAGAAGAAUUUGUUGAAUCUAUCACUGCCUUUGGCUGCUCCUUAGCCAAGCAUCGCAAAUCUACCUCAUUGGAAGCUAAAGACAUACUACUACAUGUUGAAAGGAAUUGGAAUAUAACACUCCCUGGUUUCAGCGCAGAUGAGGUCAAGAGCUACCGGAAACCGGUGACAAAUGAUAUACAUAAGGAACGGCUUGCAGUGAUAAAGAAGUCAGUUGCAGCAAGUGAAGUGGUAAAUGCAAGGAAUGCUCCAGGGCAAGUGGCUAGUGGUGCCAAGGGCACUCUAACGAAGGCGGCUGCUAACGUUUUGAGUUCCCCAAACUUGAAGAGCUAAAAGUACGUGCAGUUUGAUGAGGUGUUUACCAGUAAUGCUGGUAGCCUGGUGUUCGGAUGCCUAUUUGUUUGAUUAGGUA